AUGGCGGAACUGGACCCGAAUGCGUGGUACCGCCUUUCGGAAACGCGCGUCGACAACAGCACUGGUCCAUUCGCCCUCAACCUCAUCCUCCGGGAUGUCGGCCUGCGAGUCCAUCCCAUGACUGACGGCACCGCCGCCUGGCAGUUCCAACCCUUUGGCGAGGUCAAAGGUCGUUACCUCAUGCGCCUCGACCAGGCGGGCGUGAAGCAGCAGCUGGGAGUGUGUUACGAUGCGAGCGAGCCCGCUGUCGGGGCCACUGUGGCGUGCCUGCAGGAGUCAUCCGUCAGCGACUCUCAGAUUUGGGAAAUAUCACCAUGGAGCGGAAGAUCGGGGGAAUACAAGUUCGUCAACGUCGCCAACGGCACCGGCUACGUGCUCGACGUGCAUCCCAAGGCCAAUCUGUUCAUGAACAAAGACGUCGAGGGCUCGGCGGGCGUUGCGGCGACGCAGCCUGCGCAGCACUGGGUUAUCUCAAGCGUCAGCCCCGUCAACGAUGGGGCCUAUUCGACCAUCUACUCCGCCAACGUCGCCGUGAGCACACAAUCGGCGACGCUCUCUACGGCUUCGGAGACGACCUCGGCCGCGGCAACUACGUCUGCCCUGACGACCACAGCCGUAUCGCAAACAGGCACAGCGACAUGGACCGACGGAGCGAGCAUGUCAUCCGCAGCGGCGGUAUCGACAUCGAGGGGCGUCUCCCCCGCUGCCGGAGCGGGAAUAGGCGUCGGGGUUGCGAUCGGGGUUGUGGGCUUGAUCGGGGCUAUCGCCUUCUAUUGGUGGCGGCGCCAGCAAGCUGCCACCACGCAGUACAGCGAGGUCGACGCAAAGAACCGUGGCAGCCCCGGCGCGGGAUCUUCCUCGGCAACUGGGUCUCUGGAGGAUGGAAGCGACGCACUGCCGUAUGGGGUGCAACGGGCCGAUGCGAGCUAUCCGGGAUACUCCGGCGGGUUUCCUGCAACCUCGAGUUACCCGGUACCGGUCAGAGGUGGAGUGUCACCGGUGACAAUACCCGCUACCGCGACAUCUCCAUCAGAAUCCCGCAGCUUGCGCUCUUGGUCACAGCAUGCACCCGCGAGUGGGCUCGCGGUACCCCCGGCGGUGCCUCGUCACCAGUUCGACCAUCCCGAUAUACACAACGAGUUUGCGCCGGCUCCCUCGAACCCAUCUUUGGAAUCAACAUCGCACUUUGGCUUCUCGACAGCCGCUUCGUCGCAAGCCAACUCUACAACGAAUCUCAACGACCCUGACCCCCUUCCAAGCGCACACGAGCUGGAAGUAGCCGUGCGAGAUGUGCCUCGGCGCCAGCAUGAACUCGGUGAUUUCCAUCACGGACCGGAAACAUUUGAUACCGGUGUUGAGGCGCGACCGGACCGGACUCCGGCUUCCCACGCCGAGCUGGGCGCCUUCCAGCACGGCCCCGACACAUUUGCGCAAAGCCACGAGGCCAAGAUGCUCGGGUUGCCCAAGGCGGAGCUCGGCUCGUACCACCACGGCCCCGAUACUUUUGCGGACGGACACGAAGACAAAAUGCUCGGUGGCUGUCCUCCGGGCGCCGAGAAAUUCCAACGCGAACGGGAAGACAAGGUGCUGGGGAGCUUCCACGAGGUGAUGAACAUGGCGCCGAACGGACGGAGCGGUCGGCAACCCGGUCCCUCGGACGCCCCGGGGCGGCAGACAUACGAGAUGCAGUCGAUUGGGCCACGGUAA